UAUUAUAGAAAAUGAUAAUUAAUAUUGAAGAAUAUACACCACAACAUAAUUCUGUGUUUCUUUUGUCCCUAACAUUGUAGGCUACAGGGUGGGCCAAUGUAUCCAUGUUGAGUUUAUGUUUGCAGGAGUGUGGAAAAAAUGGCAUCUGUUUAAUGCCUCCACGCAGUGUGUGUGCAAUAUGUCGAUUCUGUCUUGCAAUGUGCAUUAUGUGUAUUAAAGUAGGACGCUUUACACCUGAAUGUUUUAGACAUCAAUAAAAUAUAUCCACAGCACUAUUCAAAUCUAUGUUAUAAGGCAGUGCAGAGUGAAAGAGUGGAAGCAAUGUGCGAUAUCAGAAGAUGCCAUAACAGUAGUUUACUCCAGGAUCCCUUGGGCUUCUCAUUAACUGUUGCGCAAUACUUCAAGAUUAGCCUAUGCAGGCAGCAGUUAUGAAAACCUUCCUGUCUGAAAGUAGUAUCCUCGUCGUCGUUACUCACAAUCACUCCUACAUGUAAGGACACAUGCGUGCGCCCGAGGGAACGCGCCUGUGCGUAAACAUCGGCUACGCGUUUUCAUCAAUAACAAUCCAAUAACCAUUGUAACACCGUGUGGAGUAACUCUCCCUGUUGAUGCCCAGUGAAAUCGUCACAGUGUACUGGGUUUUCCUGCUGGUCGAACGUCUAUUUGACAUGUGACUACAUUGCUCACAUGGGCGCCUUUCUGCAUGAUCCGCUUUAGUUUUAAAAGUCCCAGGAUCGGACUUGCUCGGCGACAACUCUCCAGAGUAGGGACUCAGUCAUAAGGGCGCACACCAUGGCGAGCAGUGGGCAAAAAGUGGUACUGAUCACCGGUUGCUCCUCCGGAAUUGGGUUGCAGAUUGCUGUCCUGCUUGCCAAAGAUGAGAAGAAACGUUACCAUGUCAUUGCCACCAUGCGCGAUCUUAAGAAGAAGGACAAGCUGGUUGAGGCGGCGGGGGACACCUACGGGAAGACCCUCACCCUACAGCCACUGGACGUCUGCAGCGACGAGUCGGUCAAGCAGUGCAUCGACAGUGUCAAAGACCGACAUAUUGACAUCCUCAUCAACAAUGCAGGGAUCGGUCUCCUGGGCCCCCUGGAGAGCAUCAGCGUGGAGGAGAUGAAGAAGGUGUUCGAUACCAACUUCUUCGGCGUGGUGCGCAUGAUCAAGGAGGUGAUGCCCGACAUGAAGAAGCGCAAGGCCGGCCACAUCGUCGUCAUGAGCAGCGUCAUGGGCCUGCAAGGUGUGGUGUUCAAUGACGUCUACACAGCCUCUAAGUUUGCCAUGGAGGGUUUCUGCGAGAGCUUAGCAGUGCAGUUACUCAAAUUCAAUGUCAAUGUGUCCAUGAUUGAGCCAGGCCCGGUGCACACUGAGUUUGAGACGAAGAUGAUGGAGGAUGUGGCGAAGAUGGAGUAUCCCGGGGCGGACGCGGACACCGUGCGCUAUUUUAAGGACGUGUACAUGCCUUCCUCCAUGGACAUAUUCGAGGCCAUGGGCCAGACUCCAGAGGACAUUGCCAAAUGCACCAAGAAGGUGAUUGAGUCGUCCCGCCCCCGCUUCCGGAACCUGACCAACAGCCUGUACACCCCCAUCGUGGCCAUGAAGUACGCUGACGAGACGGGCGGCCUGUCGGUGCACACCUUCUACAACCUCCUCUUCAACUUCGGCCCCCUCAUGCACUUCACCAUGGCCGUCCUCAAGUGCCUGACCUGCAGCUGCCUGCGCAGGCGCACCAUCAAUCCCAACUGACAGGGGGCAGCAGUGAGCUGCUGUAGCUCAGGCUCUGGCUCAGGCUCAUCUUGACCGGCUCGCUCUGUGUCACCUUGGCUCCUGUGUCUUGCGAGCAGGGUUUUAAGGCAUUAGAGCACCCUCAGACACACACUGACUGACUGUUUUCUGCGAAAUAGUUGUGAAUUCAGGGUAGUGAAAAAAAUCCAUCCUACAGUAUGCACAGUUACCUUGCUGUGAGUCUGAAAUUCAUUGUGGUACGCAAAACGUAGGCCUACAGUACGGACGUCUGAAAUUCAUUGUGGUCUGAAAUUCAUUGUGGUGGGUACACAAUCAGAUGAAUAUCUGCGGAUGUUAGGGGUGUCCGGAAAAUGUUGAACUUCACAGUUCUCUGCAAUCAUCAGAACACACUGACAUUCACACAUUUAGACAAUAAUAAAUCAAGUCUCGGCACCCGGGACAGUACCUGGGUAACAAAUGCAUGUUAUGUGAAAAAUUGUGAUAUAAUCAGUUACACAGACAGUGUCACAUGGAAUUGCAGAGUUGCUAGGACAGAUCACAAUCUACUGCGACUGUUGUUCUCAGUUUCUUUACAUGGUGUAUGCCUGCUGUGAAAUCAAAUCCUCCCUUCUUUUUUUGUAAGUUGUUUUUAUGUUUAUUUGAUGAAUAAGUAGUUAUAUGUAAUAUUUUUGAAAAAAGGUGAUUUUGAAAUAAAAUAAAAUUCCG